GGACAUGUCCAUAUGUUCAAAUUGUGAUACAUGCUUGUCAUCUCUCCGAUGCUUUUGUCAUGUCCAAAGGCCCGUUCGAGGUGGCCAUCGCCGACCUUGAGAAAUCAAAUCAGCAACCAGAUCUCCUUCUAAACAAGGCGGCCAAACUGAUCAAUGUCAAUCUUCAACGACAUGUUUCUUCCUGUACCGCUAAUGUACUCUAUCAAACAGAUGCAGUAUCUGCGGGCUUCAAGGAACAGUGGCUUCUGCGAUGGUUGUUGAAGAAAUUGACGGUUCCAGUACAGCGAGAGAACCCAGGAGAUGGGUCUGCCUUCCGAGACAGUUUCAUCUCGUCGCCACUCUCUUGGUCUCUCUUUUUGACUUUGACAAGCUCAAUCCCCAAAGAUGUUUGUCUUGAGAUCCUUCAAGAACGAAAGUUCUACGAUGCUAUAACUCAGAUUUUAAGGACAACCCUUAAGUUCAAAGCCUCCUUUCCUGGGUCGGAGACCUUGAACGACUAUGUCCAAGAGCCAGAUGGUCCGCCGGCGAAGAAACGGAAACUGUCGCCAGACCUACCUUCCCAGCCAAACAACAGCAUACUCUGGAUCCUCCUUCAAGCAACGUGUCGGUCGGUCGAACUUCUCAUUCUACCUCAUGAUAGGCAGUCUACCGCUUCACAUAACCUCAGCUCUGCCUGGACUACGGGAUGGAGCCAAAGAGCGGCUCUCUUUGGAGCAUUGCUUGACACGAUAGCCUCUGUCGCAGCAAAUCCCCUUCCAUCUCAGGAACAGCGCCUUCUCUCCAACAUAACUUCGACAGCAAUACAACUCUGGGCUGUGGGAGGCCUAAAUUCUCGAGGACAGUCCGACGACCCCAACCGUGCAUUCACCUCGCACUGCCUUAUGCCAUCGCUCAUCACGCUGGAUCUUCUACAGGGACCAGAGUUUGAUUCUGAGUGUUGGAUGCCCGUCAUUCAAAGUCUGGAGCGGCUGGUCGCCCUACAUGUCAUCUUACCUGGCAGGUCACUUUUUAACGAGCGCCAUGCGAAGAAGUGGAAAUCUAUCGACAAUUUGGUAUACUUCGAGCAUCUCAAAGGAUUUCUGGCUGAUUUUCAGAAAACAAUCAUUGACGUUGCAGCCAUCAGGACCUACAUCACUGAAAACUUCAUGACCCCUACGAACAUCUAUCUACUAAAAAACCUCUUUGACAUUACUCUCCGAUGCGUGCCGUCUAAGGAUCUGGCAAAGCAUCGUUCAGAACAGACCUGGUUCGAUGCCUUGUUUCUGGGUCUUGUUCACACAUUAUGGAUUGGAAUCCCCCAAGUCACUUCAUCCGGUGUUGCAACAUCAAGCGCGUGGUCAGGAUCUUCCAUCGAAAUGGACUCAAGUUUGCUCAUCCCUGUCGAGAGCCUUGUUGAUAUUGCGGUAACUCGCCAUGUCAGAACAUCCCUACCGGUCCUAGGCCAUCUCCUCUCCGCACAACUGUCUCUUGAUGCCAAGUCGACACCAUGGCCACUACUUGCCAAGAUAUUAGAAAUUGACGUCAAUAUCUUGCUGCCAAAGACAGGUCUGGAUGCUUCAAAAGGUCUACUGGAUCAGCUCUGUAGCGUCAUCGAAGAAGGCAGCGCGUCUCGAGAUGUCUAUGCUAGUAUUUCCGACACCAUUAUAGUCCGUCUCCUCAAAGGCUUCGCCACUUCCAGGGAUAUCGAUGGUUUUAUCUCUAUCUGGCGUGAAGGUCUGCAAAAUGCAAUGCGCACACGGUCCCGCCAGACUCACCAAUCUGAUCGUACACCUACAGUCCUAGCCUGGGAGGAAAUUGUUGUAUUCGACGAGUUGGAGAAAGUGGUUCAGUUUUCGGCACCCUCAAGUCUUGGUCCCAAGCUUCUUGAGCGUGUCAUGUCGCCUCUCCAGGCCUUGAACACCAAGGUUGGUUCCACGGUCGAGGAAAUGGCAGAUCUAGCCAUCUUCUCGGCAUAUCUAAGGUCAUGUUCAGGACAUACCGAAAAACCAUUGCUGGACGAUGAACAGAUAAACAAUCUUGCCGUGUCUAUCAUCAAUGCGCUAGAACGACGUUCUGACUAUCAAACACAACGAUGGAGGUUAUGGUCCUUCAUACAUGAUCUGAUACAGUAUCGACCGAACUCUCAAGCUCUUGAAACAUUUCAAUGCCUGUUCACUGCAAGCUAUAGCUUCGUGUCACUAGAGCAGUUGGAAAUCAGAGACCAAGGCAAGUCAAGUCAAUUUUCGGCGAGCAAAUGUCUAGAGUGUCUCGAAGCAUUUUCCGUUCUCCUAAGUGGCAGCUUACAUGCUCCCGCAUAUCGGUCGAUACUGAAGACAGAGCUCAGCCAUCUCGUCAAAGCCUUGCGCGACGUUACGAGAGGCACUGACAACGCCAUAAGUGAAACAUGGAACGGCCAGAGCUAUGAAUGUGAUAGUGCGAUCAAAGUUCUGAUAGCAUGCCUGGGACGACUUUUGCAAAACCUGCAAAUUCUUUCGAUUUCUGGAGACUUGUUUGCAGGUCUGAUAUCCGAGUCACUCGAAGUUCUUGGCGCUAUCAAGUUCAAAGAACUUGAAGGGCCUCCAGUCCCACGCCUAGACACCUUGUUGGAAGCCAUCAUAAUGAGCGAUGAAGCCCUCAACAAUCCGUCCCUACGAGCCAUCAUGGUCGACCACUUCUCGGAUAAGGCUGGCAAGAGUUUUCAACCUGGGACGAUGUCAACGUCACUCUUUCGUCAGUUGCCGCUUGCGGUGUUUAAAAAGCCACGAAUCAGAAAGCUCGUCACGAAUAUCUUGCAGAGCUUGCAAAAUGAAUCUGCAGGUUUGGCAGUGGAGGAAAUCAAUGACCAGCUGGCUAUGAUCUUGGAGCUCGAUUCAGUUGCUCCCGGUUCGGCAAUCGAUGCGAGUUCUUGGAGGUUAUGGGUCGACAUCUCGGAGAAAUUUUCGAGCAAUGUGGACCUUGAUUCCUCUAUGGCAUCAAUAGCCAUGCGUAAUUUGCUGUCACGAAUUCUCGAAAGAGUUUGGAACCGAGCACUAGUCUCGAAGGAUUCUGAGGAUGUCUCGAAACUCGUGUCCUGGACGGUCAAUACGAUUGAGCAGCACAAGGGAAAGUACCAUGAUGAGAUGCCUUUUCUUGCGAUGCAGGUGUUCCUAAGCCAAGGUCUACGGUCAACAAGUCUCCUUGAGGAUCCCGCGACAGAAAAGACCUUCGAGAAAGCACGAAGGCGAUUCAUCCGCAUGUUGAAGCACAACUCUCGACAAGCCUCUCAAAAUGGACUUGAUACCAAAUGUCUAAUGAACCUCAAAAUACUCAUGGACGCUAUGGCUGAUGUCAAGGUGUCUACAGAAAGUGAUGAAUUUCAUGAUGAAGUCGACGCCAUCGAAGACCUGAUUGCUACAAGACAGCUUUGGAUUGAUACCAGUGUGGUACCGCUUCCAGAGGAUCGACUGAUGGUCUCUGUUCGACACCUGCUUCAUAGCCGCGUUGAAUUAGAGUCAAUUCUUGGUCCGACGGAGCAGACUGUGCAUUUAAGGUUGAGGGGUCUUUUCUCGGCCAUGAGCCCUCAGACGGACUUGCUCGUUGACCACGUUGGCUUGCUUGCUGACAAGGUGGAGCUUGCAAUCUGCGAUUUCACCGGCUCAAGUUAUGCUUAUGCUCUCGCCUUUUUGAGAAAAGAGGGACGUGGUACAACCUUAGAUUUGAGUCCCAUUGCAUCGGCUCUGAUUGUUUCCAGGGUUGAAGAGUUCCAUCUCACUCAAAACUCUAACCUCGUCUCAGAGCUGGCGGAACUUGCAUGUCUCUCAUCUCUGACUCGGGAUUAUUCUUUAACACAUCUCCUUCUCGCUUUGAACAAUUCAAAGUAUAUCCUAGAGAGGCAUCCAUUGGCCAUCAACCAGUCGACUCUUGAUCGACUUCUUUCUACUCUUUGUCAGGUGGUCUCGGCGGACGAUGAUACGAAAAAGUCAUUCCGACAAGCACGAUCCGAGCCUGAAGCAGCGGAUAUAUUCUCGCGAGUUUGUGAUGUUAUUGGGGUGGUCCUCAGCAGGCACCGCCGUCGCAUUUCGGAUCGAUAUCAUCUACUUGUUCCUCUCUUGCAAUCGAUGAUGCGAUGUCUUUUCUGGCCUGGGCUUCUUGCCCUGAAUGCAAUGCCUACGGCGACCGCCGUGAACGGGCUUACCCUGUUUGGCCAAUCCUUACCGAUCUGGCAGCGUGAGUCAGCUAAGGGACUCCCAUCAGUGUCGUCUGAGCAAUUAUCCCGGAUCCUGACCUCGAUCUGCAACCCAACAGUUUCGGCUGCACGAUCGACGAAGCGAAGUGGAUUCAACGAACUCAACGACGAAACAAAAAAGGCUAGGCAGCUGGCGGGAAGACAUUUGCACUACUUACUGGCCGAGUAUGCCCGAUGCAGCCUGGAUGGACAGAUCGACCCGUCUGUCAAAGAGAGCCUUAUGCCAGGCUUGUUCUCGAUCUUAGACGCGACUGAUCAAGACCUGAUGAAGGCGUCCAAUGCCAGCAUGGACGUGGGCAGCCGUGCCAUUUUCAAAACUCUGUACAGCGACUGGUCAAAAUACGGCAAAUGGGACAAGAAUUGAGACUGGGGAACCAUAAUGUGAUAUUCCGGUGAUGUGUUGUCCUGACCGGUGAAGCCAUGACGCGAAGAUGAGUGGUAAAGUUUCAUCUGCAGAGACUUCCAACGCCUUGCAGUAUGAAUUUGAUCUGGUUCCGAUUUCGCCAGUACGCCCUGUUAAUUACAUUAAUACUACUAGGAGGGAACAUACUCACUGGUCCGGGGGCUGCGACCAUCCAUGAUGUCCGAUAUUUUGUAUUGGCCUCAGAGGCGCGCAUAUGCAACCGUACUGAAGCAUGCAUCUGAGGUCGUUGUAGGAGCGAUGAAUGACCCAAGACGGCAGGUGAAUCGUUCAUUUGGCCAGUGGCUUGACUGAUACUUGGUUGAGC